AAACGAAACCGCUUUAAAAAACUUGUAAAACUUCGGCUUUAUUAGUAAAUUGAGUUAGUUGGAAGGCAUACAUAAAUGACCGUAAGCACGCAUAAGCAAGUUAUGUAGUUUCACCAAUAAUUUUCUUUCCAAUUCGAUGAAAUAUUAACGUUAGGCGAAGAGAAUAAUGGAUCGUAAACAUGCUAUGCUUUAUCCAGAUUCGAGUACCAUACCUGUGGAUGAAAGGCGUUCCGCAUCGGCAUCCAUAGGCUUGCCAACGGAAGCACCGCCCUCCUAUGAUGUCGCCAUAGGGACAAUUGAGCGUAAUAACACACCAGAAACUGGUUGUUUAUCACCUGUCUUUAAAAGUGAUGAAGAACAAUCAUCAACGCAGGAAAAUUCUUUACAGAUUAGAGACACACAGCCGAAUACUAAUAAUACUAGAAACGCAGGCACUUCUUAUCAAUCGGAAGCAUCAACGGCGACAACAGAACAAACAUCGAUUGCAACGCCGUCGCCACAGGCGACGUUAAAACUUGGCCCCGAUCCUUCAAAUGUUAAUUGUCCAACAUGUGGUGUUUCUAAGAUCUCCCGGAUGACUCAUACACCCAACUCUCGUACCCACAUCAGCGCUUUGAUUUUGUGUUUGAUAGGUUGGUGCUGUUGUGCUUGCAUUGUUCCAUAUUUUAUGAAUAGCUGUCGCACCGGUAAUCAUUACUGCGGUAAUUGUAAUGCUUUCCUCGGUACAUAUACUCCCGAAACAGAAAGCAAAACAAAAAGGGGAAGAAGAAGAAGAAGGAGAAGAAGAUAGUUACUCGAAAGCACAGCAAAACGAAUGAUAACAAUAACAGCGGCUUUUAUGUAUUUAUCUUUCGUGUUAUACGAACAAAUAUUUAUUAUCUUAGUCUUCAAAUUUAAAUCAUUUUUUAUCAAGUUUUAUGUUUGGAAUAAGAAGGAAACAUAAUUUAUAUAUCUUAUCUUAGAAGAACUGCAUUAAAAUGUCUCGAGUGUUAUUCAUAGCGUUAAAUAAAUGUGUU